GCAGACAUGGGGCAAGCAGUUUCAUCCGACGGUGCCUCGAGGACCACACCUCCGAACUGAAGAUCGUUCCAGGUCCCGCUCCCGCAGCUGUUCGUCCUCGCGAGAGUGGACGCCGCAGAACACUCCUACCAGGCACUCGCUCUCACGUUCCAUGACUCCUGGCCGUGGAAUGCCUGUCAAAGAGCAGGAAGCUGUGGAUCAGUACUUGAACCGCAUGGCGUUGGCUCGCUUGGAUUCGCCUCUGCGAAAGAUCGCCUUUGGAUCGGGCACUCCACGUGUGGCCGCUUCUCCUGCGAGAUCCGCAUCUGGUAGUUCCCAUACUGGCUCGGACUACAGCCGUGACUCCAGGCUCUCACACCUAUCGCGUCCUCGCAGCCUCUCCAAAGAUCAACUGAGCACCGAAGACCGGGAAUGCUUGAAGGCAGCUGAGGAGAGGCGCGCCUUGCGGAAGCAGUUGCGCCGCAAUCGCCGCAAGUACAAGGAGGCCCUGCUCGGUGGCAACAUUGCCGAGCGUUGCACCGAGCGCAUCCUGACAACACCCAUUGCCCCAGAGCUUCACACUUCGUUUCGCGGAGCGAGACUUCGAAGCACUUCCUGGCAUGGCACCGAGCAGCGCGACUCCAUGAGCACGGCAGCAGGAGCCGACUCACGCGUGUACCUGAAGAAGCAUCCCAAUCCGCGAGAGCAGGCAGCCAUUGAGCGCCAUCUCGAGCACCGCUUCGCCGCCUUACUUCUGGCAAACCCCUUUCCGGUCAAGGACUCUGCAAGAGAGACACCGGUGCCAGGGCCUGUCCGAAAGCCCGAACAGCAGGCCAUGUCAAUUCCAAAGGGAGUCGAAGCUGAUGCAUGGAUUGCAGCUGCGGAGUCGCCGGAGGAGAGAGCUCAGCGCGCACGUGCGGUCGCACUUGCCAGGCGCGACACGGAGUGGGAGGAACAACGCUCGCAGCUCUGCAUCUUCAGGCCGAGCACUGGCGGGAUGCCAGCGACCCCUGAGAAGGCUGUCGGAGAUCUGCGCGCGACCCUGGCUGGCUCACCUCGCAGCCCAGAAGCCAAACAGGCCUCGGCAGAUACUUGCGAAGAUGCUGAGCAGCCAUGA